AUGGAUUCUUUACAGUUAUUAAAAAAACUAAAAGAAAAUAAUUUAAAUCAUAUUACAAAAUUAAAUUCAUUUGUUUUUCAUCAACUUGAUCUAAAAUCGACAGUUGAUUUUUGUUAUUUCAAUGAAGUUGAACUUCAAGAUAGUUUAGAUGAUACUAAUAAUAUUCAAAGUGAUAUUGAAAAUUCUGAAACAAAUUUAGAGGUUGAUUGCUAUGAUUCAGAUGAAGAUAAUUCUGAUGAUUAUCAUUUUACAACUUCAAAAGAAGCCUUCCAAGGGAUGAAAAUAUUUGAUAAAAUUGAUCCAUCAAAACAGGAUAAUUAUUUUCAUAUUACGAUUAAUAAUAAAUCAAAAUAUUUACACAAACAAACAGCUGUACGUCUAUUGACUACUAAUAAAAACUGUUUGUCAUCUGAUAGAUUAUCACGAGUUCAACAAAUAAAUAAACAGAAAUAA